UAUGUACGCAGGCAAUUGUUUCAGUUGCUAUUGAAGAUCCCGUGAAUGACGCUUGUGCCGAAGCCCCACCCUCUUUUUGCAUCAUUGUGCAGUAGUUGCCCAGCUCGAUAUGCUGGAGCAACCGCUGACUGACACACACACACAAACACACACACACAAACAAAAAAUCGAGCUAACUUGAUUUCCAGGUGGUUUCGCGCAGAAUCAACAAGCUAGAGAGAAAAGAUGAGAAAAGGGAUUGAAUUGAAGAUGAUUGAAGAUUGCACAGCCCCCCUUGUGCAGCUGCCGGGAUGCAAUUUUUAGAUGUCUGUGGUUUCAGGCCGACAGGCCACGGGUUUUCUGACCAACAAUGCGUCACCCGAACUUUGCGCUUCGUUAAAAAUGACUGCAACACUCUACUUGGAAGAUUGAUCAGAUGCCAGGCAGCUGACAUCCGGGAGAACCAACUCAAGAAUGACAGCACGGACAAGAUAUUUAACUUUUAAUUCAAUAUGUGACAAUAUUUGGACCAUAGAUUAUAUUGAACAUGCGUCCUUUUCGUGUUUUCUUGGCGUUGCGUUGUUUGACUAUGAACAUGAACGCUUCGCAGGUGGCAGAAGUCCUUGGGCGCAACUAUCCCGUGUGUCGGGAUCCAGAGCAUCAGUAUGGCCUGGUUCAUCGGUUGGAUCGUUUCACUUCAGGAGCAGUUCUUUGUGCCACAAGCUAUGCGGCCCUCUAUUUGUCGCAGCUUCAGUUUGCAGCACGGAGGGUCCUGAAGAUCUACUUGGCGCUUUGUCACGGACACCUCCCACACAGCACAAAGAUGAUUGAGGCUCCAUUGUCGGGCUCUCGCCAAGUGGAUGGCUCCUGGCGCAGUGUUGUGGACCCACAUGGCAGGAGAGCCAAAACGGAGAUCCUUCAGGUGAUCCAUUUGCGCGGGCCUGGAGAGGCCAGCUUGGUGAAGGUCCGUCUUCAUACUGGCAGGCAGCACCAGAUUCGUGCUCAUUUGGCUUUUGAAGGUCAUCCUUUAGUCGGUGACACUGGCUAUGGGGGUGAUGCAGAGUGGUGCUCCCGCACUUUCCUGCAUUCGGCAAAGCUGGCACUGACCGCUGGGAGGCCGUUUCAAGUCACUUGUCCAUUGCCUGCAGAUCUUCAAGAGAUCUUGAUGUUGCUGGAGCCCAUUUCGUCAGAGCACCGUGCAGCCAUUGAAGCCAUAAGAGCAGAGUUUCUGGCAAAAAAUCAGCUGUCGCGUCCAGCCGGGCUCAACAGCGGUGUAUUGGAAUGGGCUUGUCAUGAUCAGCCCACCGUGUUGGCACCGUCCGCACAGCCCGCCGCGGCGCUCCCCACCACGGCGCUCCCCACCACGGCGCCGCAGCGGCAGCCGCCGGCGCACGCCGCCCCGACGCUCGCCGCCGCGGCGGCGCAGUGGCAGCCGCGACAGGCGCACCCCCCCGCGGCGCCUGUCUCGUGGCAACUCGCGGCGACGAAGUCCACCCAGGCGGAGUCCACUGAGGAGGAGUCCACGGCGCUCACCCAGGCAGAGUUUAACAUGAGGCGCGGCUCCCCUGGCCGUCGGCCCAGCCCGCGGCGCUACAGCCGCAGGACCGCAAUGGCCGUGAUGGAAGAUGGAGCCCAGGUCGGGGCGAUGACAGGAGUUCCUUGGCCUGAGCCUGAUGGUGGCCCCAGAGCAGACCUGGCGAUGAAGUCAACGAUGGCAAAGGGCAAGGUGCUUCAGCACAAAGCCUGGACUCAAAGAAUGAAGGCGAUGGGGAGCCAAUUGGAACAUGGAACUCACAGGUCGUUGAGGCCUUCUGAAGGGCCGCUUAUAAGACAUCAGGCUGCCUUAGCACGUGCCAAUGCCAUCAAGACUCUCCACGCCUCCAGAGAUAGAGCUUGUGUCUUCUUUUUGCAGGGGCAUUGCAAGCUGUAUUCCAAGUGCACCAAUUUUCAUCCUUCAGAUGAGGCCGAGAAGCAGCGAUGGCUUGAUGACUACUUUGCCACGAAGUGUAUGCUGGCAGAGCGAUGUACCACACCAGCAUGCCUCUACAACCACCCAGGGCAGGUGAGAGGUCAGCCACCUCCAGGGGGAACCAUCGAAGAUGCUGAGCAGCAGGACGCCCAGGUCAAGAUGGAGAAGGUACAAAGAGAUAAGCUGAAAGUGGCACAGGAGACUGCCAUGAGCAAAAACAAAUCAGAUGAGAAGCCGCAACACCUCAACGAGGCGGCCUCCACAGCAGCCAUGAAGCUGGGCUUGGGCCCACCGGAGCCGCCAGGAGGUGCAGCGCCCGAAGCACCUGGGUCUGGAGACGCUGAUGAGGACCCUAUGGACGCAGAGAUUCGAAAGAUGAUGGAACAACAGCAGCAGGAAUACCAAGCGAAGCAAAUGGACAAAAACAACGCUGGCCCCACUGCUCCUAGUGGUGGAAAUGGUGACUUCAACAGUGGCCACCAUGGAGGAGGUGGUGAUGCCAUGUCCAAUGAGACUGGUAUUGGCAGUAAUGGAUCCAUGCACAUGGGCGGUUACGGCGGCUGCGGUGCGUGCACGGGUUGCGGAAGCUGCAGUCCUUUACCUCCCCCACCCAUGCCAAGUGUCCCGGGGUGUGGUGGUGGAUGCGGGUGUUGCGGUUGUGGCUGCGGAAGCUGCAGCGGAUGUGGUAAAGGAUGCAGCGGUUGCGGCUGCGGUUGUGGAGGGUGCCCCUGUGGUGGCUGUGGAUGUGGAUGUCCAAGUGGCCCAAGUUGUGGAUGCUGUGGCCCUUGUGGAUGUGGCAACUGCGGUGGCAACUGUGGCUGUGGUCCUCCCUGCGGUCCUCCUUGUGGUCCGCCACCAUGUGGACCACCACCUUGUGGUCCACCACCCUGUGGUCCGCCUUGUCCUCCGCCAUGUGGUCCACCCUGUGGCCCUCCACCAUGUGGUCCUCCCUGCGGUCCUCCCUGUGGUCCUCCACCAUGUGGUCCUCCCUGCGGUCCUCCUUGCGGUCCACCAUGUGGUCCUCCUUGUGGUCCUCCUUGUGGUCCCGGCUGUGGCCCUGGCUGCGGCCCCAGCUGCGGUUGCAGCGGAUGUGGCGGAUGCGGAGGAUGUGGAUGCGGCGGAUGCGGCGGAUGCGGAUGCCAGGGUGGGUGUGGUUGCGGAGGCUGUGGUGGUUGCGGUUGCAAAGGCGGUGCUUGUCCCAACAUGGGCGGCAAAGGGAUGGGCAUGGGAAAUUUGGGUCCAGCUGGAUUGAUGAUGAAUUCUGGCUGCCUGAGUCCAGCCGAGGAAGCUAUGAUGUCAAAGUCAAUUACUGAGCUAAAGUCGCUAAUAACAUCCCUGGGUGGUGUUAUACCACCACCUCCCUACCUGAAGCAAGACUUGGCCCGACUGGCAGCAUCACUCUCUCGUAACUGA